CCACGUGUAUUCGUAUUUGGAAACCGGCGCAUGAUAUAACGCUCGUUAUUAUUUCUCCACCAUCAUCCUAGUUCUCUCUUCAUCUUUCCUAUUUCCUGUAUCUUCUGCACUCAAUCAACGCUCAACUCACGAAUCAUGUCUGCAAGCAACUUGUCCUCCGCGAUGGAUGUCGAUGAGGCAGCGAUCGACGAGGGCUUGUACUCUCGCCAACUAUACGUGCUUGGCCAUGAAGGUUCGCUGCCGGAAUAAUGGUUACUGUUGCUUCUCGUCUUACCAAUGGAUUACAGCUAUGAAGCGAAUGGCAGUCUCCAAUGUGCUUAUUGUCGGCCUGAAGGGUCUUGGUUGCGAGAUCGCCAAGAAUGUGAUCCUCGCUGGUGUGAAGUCAGUAACAUUAUAUGACCCAAAUCCUGUCGAAAUCCAAGACCUUAGCACGCAGUUUUUCCUUCGCGAAGAGGAUAUUGGGAAGUCAAGGGCGCAUGCCGCUGCGCCGCGGUUAGCGGAACUCAAUGCCUAUGUUCCUGUACGGUUCCUUGAAGGCCAACCGGGGCAGGACUUCACAGUGGACCAGAUCGACGGUUACCAGGUUGUUGUGUUGUGCGGGGCUUCUCUGACAAAACAACUAGAGAUCAACGAUUGGACGCACGCACAUGGCAUCCACUUCAUAGCUGCUGAUACUCGUGGUCUUUUCGGCUCCGUCUUCAACGAUUUUGGCCCUAGGUUUACCUGUGUUGACCCAACUGGCGAGCAACCAUUGACUGGCAUGAUUGUUUCUGUUGAAAAGGACAAGGAGGGCCUUGUCACUUGUCUGGAUGAAACCCGCCACGGACUUGAAGAUGGCGACUUUGUGACAUUCAGCGAAGUUCAGGGCAUGGAGGAGCUGAACGGUUGCGAACCUCGCAAGAUCACUGUCAAAGGCCCAUAUACCUUUGGCAUUGGCGAUACCUCUAGUUUCAGUGAUUACAAGGCUGGAGGAAUUUUCACUCAAGUCAAGAUGCCCAAGAUCAUCGAAUUCAAAUCUCUUCGCCAGUCACUGAAGUCGCCCGAAUUCUUCAUUACCGAUUUCGCCAAGUUCGAUCGACCAGCCACGCUACAUGCAGGUUUCCAAGCAAUCUCCGCAUUCGAGGCUCAGUAUCAACGACUCCCUCGCCCACGCAAUGCUGAAGAUGCUGCGACGUUUGUGCAACUGGCGAAGAAGAUUGAGCCCGAAGCUGACGAGAAGGUUCUCACCGAGUUGGCCUACCAGGCAACCGGUGACAUCUCCCCAAUAGUCGCCGUAAUUGGUGGGUUUGUUGCACAAGAGGUCUUGAAGGCUUGUUCUGCCAAGUUCCACCCUAUGGUUCAACAUUUGUACUUCGAUUCGCUGGAGUCUCUUCCAGCUCAACUUCCAACCGAAGCCGAAUCUCAGCCUACUGGAAGCAGAUACGAUGGCCAAAUCGCCGUCUUCGGUAAGACUUUCCAGGACAAGAUUGCCAAUCAUCGUCAGUUUUUGGUUGGUGCUGGGGCCAUUGGCUGUGAGAUGCUCAAGAACUGGAGUAUGAUGGGCCUCGCUACCGGCCCUAAUGGUGCUAUUCAUGUUACGGACUUGGACACCAUUGAGAAGAGUAAUUUGAACCGGCAAUUCCUGUUCCGUGCCAAGGAUCUUGGGAAGUUCAAGUCUGAAGUAGCUGCAGCUGCAGUUGCAGACAUGAACCCCGACCUGAAGGGCAAGAUCCACAGCAAUCAGGAGCCCGUCGGCCCAGAGACCGAAAAUGUCUACAAUGAAGAAUUCUUCAAUUCAGUCGACGGUGUCACCAACGCGCUCGACAACGUGAAAGCUCGUCAAUACAUGGACCAACGCUGCGUUUUCUUCCUGAAGCCGCUGCUCGAAUCUGGAACUCUAGGCACCAAGGGCAAUACACAAGUCGUCAUCCCGCAUGUGACCGAGUCAUACUCCUCGUCUCAAGAUCCUCCAGAGAAGGAGACACCCUCAUGUACGGUCAAGAACUUCCCUAACGCUAUCCAACAUACCAUUGAGUGGUCCAGAACCGAAUUUGAUAACCUCUUUGUGAAGCCCGCACAAGCUGUCAACGCAUACCUGUCGGAACCAAACUACCUGGAGAACAACCUGAAAUAUUCUGGGCAACAGAAGGAACAGGUUGAACAGAUCGUAAACUACUUGGUGACCAACAAGCCAUUGACAUUCGAGGAGUGCAUCAUCUGGGCCCGUCUUCAGUUCGAGGAUAAGUUCAACAACUCCAUUCGUCAGCUACUAUACAGCUUGCCCAAAGGCGCCGUUACCAGCACAGGCCAGCCCUUCUGGAGUGGACCCAAGAGGGCACCAGAUCCUUUGACAUUUGACCCUAAUGAUCAGCCUACGCAUCUCCAAUUCAUCAUCUCCGCCGCUAACUUGCACGCAUUCAACUAUGGCUUGCGGGGCGAGACUGAUCCUUCUGUGUUCAAGAAGAUAGCUGAUAGUGUGCUUGUCCCUGAGUUCACACCCAAGAGCGGGGUGAAGGUGCAAGUAGCUGAAAACGACCCCAUACAGAACGAAAGUACAGACGCUUCGGACUUGCAGGAUCUUGUCAAGCUGCUGCCUGCACCCUCGUCACUUGUUGGUUACCGUCUGAAUCCUGUUGAGUUCGAGAAGGACGAUGACACUAACCAUCAUAUCGACUUCAUCACCGCUGCUUCGAACCUGCGAGCUCUGAACUACAAGAUCAACCCUGCUGAUCGUCAUACCACUAAACAGAUCGCAGGCAAGAUUAUUCCCGCCAUUGCCACUACCACCUCCCUCGUUACUGGUCUUGUUUGCUUGGAACUCUACAAGAUCAUCGAUGGUAAGAGCAAGCUCGAGGACUACAAGAACGGGUUCGUCAACCUCGCACUGCCAUUCUUCGGCUUCUCGGAACCUAUUGCUGCAAAGAAACACAAGUAUGGUGGUGUUGAAUGGACCUUGUGGGAUCGCUUCGAGUUCAACAAUGACCCAAAUUUGAAGGAGAUUGUAGACUGGUUCAGGCAGGAGCACAGUCUUGACGUGACGAUGGUCAGCCAAGGUGUAAGCAUGCUUUGGAGCUCCUUCCUUGCUAAGAAGAAGAGUGAGGAACGUCUCCCGAUGAGAUUCAGCAAGCUUGUCGAGCAUGUCAGCAAGAAGCCUGUACCUGCACAUGCAAAGCAUCUCAUCGUCGAGGUGAUGGUGAUGGACGAGGAAGGCGAGGACGUUGAGGUUCCAUUCAUUGUUGUGAAGGUGUAGAGGAUAGAGACGGAGGAAACGUAUAAUGAUGAAAUCACCGGGUCGCGAUUGUUGUACAUUGAAGAUAUUCCGCACAACCAUGUAGCUAUAGAUGUCGAAUCGAGCAUUGCUCUGAAAGAAUUCUAUUGUAGAUCGUGUGUAAUUGAUGUGGGGCGAGAGUCAGUAGACUAUGAGACCGUUGUUAAUUCUUUGAUAGCCCGCUUGAAAAUGCUACCGUAAGAGUUUGGUAUCCACUACUGUAGUACUGUGAUGUGCGGAAACUGAACAUAUUCUGUGCACGAGACUUGCCAAUGCUACAGGUUCAAAACAUGACAA